AUAACAAGCUGGGAGUCCAUCAGAACUAAAAAAAAAAAAUGGCUGAACCGAAUCAUGCCAUGAUAAGUACAAAGAUAGAGAAUAUUCAACAAGGAAAUGAAAAUACCCCAAACUUUAGUUUUGUUAUAGCGGACAGCACGAAUCCUGGGGAGCUGAGGUCACAAAGUGACAGGGUUAGAAAUGUGCAGGAUAAUCUUUCAACUCAGUUCCAAAGUGCAGGGAAUUACAAUUCCACUGAAAAUGCUGAAGGAAACUUUAGUAUGGAACUGGAUAAUCCCCAGAACAGUGGGUCAGAGAACAUGACCCCCGACAUGUUGGGUUCCCCAGAAAUACAGAUACACACCCAGGGAAUGACCGUGUCAUCACAUACCGUGGCCAGUGCAGCAUCAGUACAUUCACCCAGCAAUGAGAUGGUGGUACAACCUAUCAUACAGGUCACAGGGGUCAAUGAAGAAACACAGGUGUACACGGGGGGAGAAGAUACCUCCGCGAACUCCUCGCCCUGUAUGAUCUGUAAUGAUAGAGGGUCAGGAUAUCAUUACUCGGUUUUCUCUUGCGAGGGUUGUAAAGGAUUCUUUAAGCGCAGUGUCCAGAAAAACUUGGUGUACACCUGUAAAAAUGAGGGGAAUUGUAUCAUCAAUAAAUUCACCAGGAACAACUGCCAGUAUUGUCGCUUUGUUAAAUGUACACAGAUGGGCAUGAAGAGAGAAGCUGUGAGAGAGGACAGAUCCCCGGGAGGAAAACACAGGAACAAGAAACCUCGUCUAGAUGAAAUUCGUGCCAUGGUCAACACUGAUGGGGAGGUAUUAUUUGUGCCUGGGGUCCAGGAAUCUAAAACUGGAGAAACAUUUGAAGAUCCCAUAACAGAAGGCUUAAUUAAUGCCAGGCCUGAUCUGAUUCCAAGGGUUGAUGGAAAUAUCUGCCUACAGAGCAUGGGUAUUAAUCAGCUAAUGCAGUAUGGGUAUGCUGAAUUGAAAUACAUUAUUGACUGGGCAAAGAAAGUUCCUGGUUUUACAGAGUUACGACUAGAAGAUCAGAUGGCAUUGUUGAAGUCCUCUUUCAUGGAGCUGAAUGUUCUCAGAUUGUCAUACAGGUCAAUGGAUACUGGUAGCUGUAUAAAGUUUGCUGAAGGUUUGAAGGUCCCUAUAGAGCUGGCUCAAAAGAUGGGAUGGGGAAAAGAGUUGGUGGCUGCUACAGUGGAGUUUUCUGCUAGACUGAAGGAGCUCAAUAUUGACAAAGUAGAGUUUUGUAUCCUGAACGGAAUUGUGCUAACAUAUCCAGAUGCUCAGAACUUGGUAGACAAACAGAAAGUUAUUCUGCUACAGACUCAGAUAUUAGACAGAUUACGUAAAUAUCACACUCAUAAGUUCCCUGGCAACGUAAAAAGAUAUGGUAAAAUGCUCCUACGAUUACCAUUCCUACGUACAGUCAGUGCCAAAGCAGCGGAAAGGUUUCUAUCACUGACUUUGGAUGGAACUCUGCAGCUAAAUGAGCUGGUGCUAGAAAUGAUAAACUGAUAAUUUAACCAGUGUUGUGUAUUGGAGCUUCAUUAUUUAUGCGCUAUUACAACGAAGCUGGAUUUCCUGUGUUCAUAUUGUGUAUCUGCAUGAUUUUUUUUUCAUUUUUGGGUUUUAUUGGAUGUCAAUGAAAUUGAUUUUUAUCUCUGCAAAAUUAUAUGUUGGCCAUAGGUAUAUAUAUACCUUCUGAAUGCAUGUUAUAAUACAUUGAGAUAUCUGUUUUCAUUAAAUGUACUCAUGUCUCAUUUUGAUCCAGGUUAGCUUUAUAAGUCAUGAAUUGAAUUGAUACUUUAUUAAAGUGUCAUGGAACAUGUUAAGUGGGAAUAGUCCAACUAAAUGAUUGGAUUUGUGAUGCCCAAAUGUUCCUUCCAAUUAUUAUUUUGAUAAAAGUAAAUGUCAUUGUUAUAAUCAUGAUUUCAUUAUAAGUGUUUUACUGUAAGCUUGGAGCCUUAGUAGUGCAAAUCAUAUACACAGUAGCUGUGUCAUGUCUAGUGAUAUCCUUAAUGCAGUUCAUGCAGUCAUCUAUUGAUGUGAUUUUGCAUAUACAUGUAUAUAAAAAAAUUGAAUUUUGAAUUAUACCAGUAGACAUUUGUACAGUUGAUUUUUUUUUUCAAUAUGAAUUUAGAUGUUUCCAUCAAGAAAUAUUAGGAAGUACAUGUACAGUAUCUUGCAGUGUUAUAUGUACCGGUAUAUCUAUAUUGUAAUUUGUUUUACUGAAAAGGUCUUGAUUAAGGUAUAGAUAUAUAUAAAUUAAUUUGAUAGAAAAGUUUUGCUCAGUAGAACAAUUGUGUUAUUUUCAUGAAUUCAUUGAUACUCUGUGUAGUCAAAUACAGAAAUUUGGAUACAUUCUUUGUAAUGAUAUUCAACAAAUACAUGUAAGACCGAGGUCUCAAUUCAUUUUAUUCGCAUUAAGAAAGUCAAUUUUUAACUGCAUAGUUUAUUUUGAAGACUUAUUUGCAUUUGGGAAGAAUUUUCUUCUGCUGUAAAUUAUUUUCAGGCAUUUUUUGUUAAAAUCAAAGUCUAUAGGUUUACCAUUUUUAAUAUAUAAAAAAAUAUUUCACUAUGAAAAAUUAAUUUAAAACAUAAAAGAAAAUUUUCAAACACUCUGAAAUUCCUAGAUCUUUACCAUAA